AACAGCAAAUUUGUAUCCGAAUUGUAUUUUUUUUUUUAAUAUGAAUAGAUGCAACCAGAGAUUUGGCACUUACUCGUUCUAAUUUUUCCAGAAAUGACAUUAUCAUUUUGUCACGUCAUUAUCAUGUAAACAAAAAGAAAUUUUUAAAGUAUACAUUUAGAUUGCCAAAAUGAUUUUAAGUGCAAUAUUUGGAAUCAACAAAAUUGGCAAAAGUAAAGAUCAAACUACCCCACUAACUGUCAGUAAUAAUCAAGAGCAAAAAUAUCAAAUUAAUGAUUUAUUAGAAUCAAAAGUAGUAAAAAAAUUGGUUCGUGGAAGAACUAUAGCUGCAGCCUCUGCCAAUGUCGAUUCAGGGAAUUACAGUUGUGAAUUUGCCAGUCCAAAAUAUUUUGUAUUAUGUGGAAUUGGGGGUAUGUUCUCUUGCGGCCUCACGCAUACUCUGGUGACGCCGUUAGAUCUGGUUAAAUGCAGAUUACAAGUAGAUAAGGAUAAAUAUAAGAAUCUCAUUCACGGACUUAAAGUAACAGUAAAAGAAGAAGGAGCGAAAGGGUUGACUAGGGGCUGGGCUCCAACCUUUUUCGGUUACUCCACCCAAGGGCUCGGAAAAUUCGGUCUGUACGAACUAUUUAAAGUUGUUUACCACGAUAUGAUGGGAGAUGAGGCCGCUUACCUCUACAGGACGUGGCUGUACUUGUGCGCAAGUGCUUCUGGAGAAUUCUUCGCCGAUAUCGGUUUAGCCCCGAUGGAAGCUGCCAAAGUUAAAAUUCAAACCAACCCUGGCUUUGCAGACACCCUUAGAGAGGCCUGGCCUAAAAUAAUAAGAGAGGAAGGCGUGGGUGGCUUCUACAGAGGUCUCGUACCGUUAUGGAUGCGCCAAAUACCCUACACGAUGAUGAAAUUCGCAUGUUUCGAAAAGACGGUAGAAUUGCUUUACAAACACGUGGUCCCGAAGCCCCGAGAAGCAUGCACGAAAUUCGAACAGCUAUUGGUCACGUUUGUGGCCGGAUACAUUGCUGGAGUAUUUUGUGCCGUGGUCAGUCAUCCGGCCGAUACGCUGGUGUCGAAAAUGAACAAAGAAAAAGGAUCGUCUGCGGGGGACAUUCUUAAAAAAUUGGGUUUCGCUGGCAUAUGGGGCGGACUCGGGCCCCGAAUAAUUAUGAUCGGAACCCUUACCGCACUUCAAUGGUUUAUAUACGAUUCGUUUAAGGUAUUUACUCGAAUGCCAAGGCCUCCUCCUGCGGAGAUGCCCGAGUCGCUCAGGCAAAAACUGAAGGCCCAGGGAAAACUUUGAUUUUCAUAUUUUUUACAUUUUAUAUUACCAUGUAAAAGAAGUUGUGCGCACCUUUGUACAUUUAUCCAAAUAUAUUUACAUACAUCGUGCUUGGGGCAUUGAUAAAAACAAUCACCCUUAAAAUGGUUUAUUUUUUGACAUGUAUGUAUGUAUGUAUAUUAUUUAUCAUUAUAGCAUCUUUUUUACAAUAAUAAUAUUAUCAUUAUAUAAUCAAUAAAAAAAUCACAAUCAGCACCUAUAACUGGCACACUGCUUAAGUAAUUGGAGAAAUAUAUUGUACGUAAGCAAAAGCACUUGUGUAAAAGGUUAAAAACGUAUAAAAAAGGCCCGAAUAUUAGAAGACAGUUAAAUAAAGUUAAAAAACAGUUAAAAGGGAUUGCAGAAUAAUAAUAAAAUAAUCAUAAUUGACAACGAAGGUGGAAAAAGUAUCCAAAAGAAUAUUUUGUUACAUUUUUGGUUAUUUUUUCUUUCCAAGGGUUUACGAAUGCCCCACAUUUAUUUGCCAAUUAUAAAAUUUAAAAGUGAAUCAUUUAGGGGAAUAAUAAUUAUUAAUUAGCUACAAAAAGUCGAAAAGAUAUAAACUGUGGUAAAAAAA